AUGGCGAAAGAUACUAAUCCACCAGUUACCAAAAUAAUAAAUUGCCGUCUUAUUCGGGACAAAAUAAUCUAUGAUGACGUGCUUUACCUACAAAACGGUACAAUUAUAGACCCACUGGUGAAUUUUUUCGAGUGUGGAGAGGAACCAACAAGAGUUAUUGACGCGAAAGGUGCUUUAGUGGCACCUGGGUUUAUCGAUAUACAAGUUAAUGGUGGGUUUGGAUUUGACUUUUCGCAAUGCGAGGUUGGAGGUGAACAAGUGUAUGUUGAGAAUAUGAAGAAAAUCGCGAGAAGAUUGUUGAAAUUUGGGUGUACUAGUUUUAUGCCUACUUUGAUAAGUUCGGCUUCUGAGGUGUAUCAUAAGAUACUUCCAUUACUUUGUCCACGCAAAGGCAGUAAAAAUGACGGAGCAGAAAUAUUAGGAUCUCAUGUAGAAGGCCCAUUCAUUUCAUAUAACAAAAAGGGCGCUCACGAACAAUCAACUCUACAUAACGCACCGAAUGGGUUUUCUGAUAUUGCUAAAGUAUAUGGAAUCUCAGAGACCGGAAACAAUCAUUCAAUUAGGCUUGUGACUGUUGCACCUGAAGUAGAAGGAGUAAUGGAUAGUAUACAUGAUUUAACGAGAGUAGGGAUCACUGUCAGUAUAGGGCAUUCUACUGCAACUACAGAGCAGGCUGAAAAAGCUGUAGAAAAAGGAGCACGAUUAAUUACACACUUGUUUAACGCGAUGCAGCCGUUCCAUCAUCGUAAUCCUGGAAUAAUCGGGUUACUUGGAACCACUCGCAUACCAAGACCAUACUACGGUAUUAUAUGUGACGGAAUCCAUGUACACCCCAACAGCCUCCGAAUAGCCUACGACGCACAUCCUCACGGUGCAAUACUCGUGACCGAUGCCGUCCCAGCUAUGGGUCUACCACCCGGCGAACACACGUUGGGUCAAGUCCGUGUACGCAAAAUAGGGAAUGAACGCGUGGAAGUCAUCGAAACUGGUAAACUUGCCGGAGCGGUCGUGUCUAUUGACAAGUGUAUACAAAAUUUCAAAAAGUUUUCAGGUUGUUCGAUCGUGCAGGCUAUUGAGGCUGCUACUUUGCACCCGGCACAGUUGUUGGGGAUUCAGCAUCGAAAAGGGACUCUAAAUGUCGGUUCGGAUGCUGAUCUUGUGUUUUUGGAUGAUGAUUUGAAUGUUAUUACAUGUUUUAUUGCAGGUGAACAAGUAUAA